AUGGGGUUUUUGCCUUCUCGCACAUCCAGUCUUGGCUUGAACGAGCUUGAUGAUGAUGUGUCAGAACGUCGACUAUUUCUUCGACGUGGGUCACUGUUGAUUGGACGCAGUAAUCCUCGUUACGAGUGGCAACGCUACUAUCGGUCACCCGAGUCAUUAAAAGAUCUCCCCAAGAAAAUCCGACAAUACUAUGAACGAACUAAUGGUCUCAUCUCCCAAUACCUUUACAUCGACCGAUUGCUGGAUUCUUCCCUACCCCAUAACCUGAUUGAGGAAUACAACGAAACCCACCGGGAUGAAACAGGCGUUCCUCAGGCGCCAGAAGUCCAUAAUUCCGAAACCGUGGAUGCCAAUGCCAAGAGCGGCAAGAUCAAGCGCACACCCCAUAAUCUCUAUCGGAUUCCCGACGAGACAACUCCUCUGGUUGCAUCCCCCGACGAAAACACCAGCCCAUCAGAACCAUUCCCCGAUCUCGAAUCGCACGGUGGGAUGGCACCGCAUGACGAGGAGCGUGUUAUCAACCUCGCCAUCCGCAUCAAUUUCAUCGCCAAUGUUGCCCUUCUCGGCUCGAAGAUUGCCAUCAUGGCCAUGACAAGCUCCAUGUCUAUGUUAGCAGGACUCGUUGACGGUGCAUUGGAUUUCCUGAGCACCGUCAUCGUCUGGGUGACCACUAUCAUGAUCCGCCGCCAAGAUCGCAACCGGUACCCCAUCACCCGACGACGACUAGAGCCCAUCAGUGUGCUUAUAUUCUCUGUCAUAAUGGUGACUUCCUUCUUCCAAGUAGCGUUGUCAUCUAUCAAACAAUUGAUGGGAGAUGACCGCACAGUAGUCGAGCUCUCCGUGCCGUCCCUCGUGUUGAUGGGUGGUACGGUUUUGGUCAAACUAUUCUGCUGGAUCUGGUGCCGCUUGAUCCCUAGUCCAAGCGUCCAAGUUCUAGCCCAGGAUGCUAUGACUGAUGUCGUGUUUAACACUUUCAGCAUCAUCUUCCCACUGAUUGGCACAUUUGCAAACCUUUGGUACCUGGACCCUUUGGGUGGUCUGUUCCUCUCCCUGUAUAUUAUGUGGAACUGGGGCGAGACAGCAGCGGAAUACAUCCGACGGUUGACCGGUGCAGCUGCCUCUCCCGACGACCACAGUGUUCUCCUGUACAUGACCAUGCGGUUCUCCCGAGUUAUCCUCAAGAUUCAAGACUUGAAAGCCUACUAUGCGAGCGACAAAUUAAAUGUCGAAGUUGACCUUGUGGUUGAUGAAAAACUCAGCUUGCGGGACAGCCACGACGUUGGUGAGAGUCUGCAGUACAUCAUUGAAAGUGUGCCAACCGUCGACCGGGCCUUUGUGCAUUUGGACUACAAUGUCUGGAACCUUCCCAGUCAUAUGAACCAGAUGGAUCGAUGA